AUGUUAGGAGAUCGCCAGCUAUCUAUUAUUAGCCCAGCCACGAGGGAUAAAGAAGUGUUCAAAUGGGUUUCCUGCAAGCCCGGAGAAAUCAAAGAUGAAAAUUCCGAGAUUGUGGACGUUAUUAGUUGGGUAGUGUCAGAUAUCAGAGAAAUGUCCGAAAAUCCAAUAUUGGUUGAGCUCCUAAAAGUAACUGACCGGAGCUGCUAUGAUGAUGUAUCUAAACUCUGUGAUGUGUACAACAAAACUAUAAUAGAUCUUUGGAACAUGUGGGAUGAAGGCAAUAUAGUUCCUGAAUUUUUCAACCGAAAGGCUUCGCGUGACCAUGUUCAGUUCAUACUUCUUCAAUGUUACAACCGAGCUGUAUCAGAUCCAGAGAAACUUAAUCAAUAUCCUCCUUUUUCGCCUCAGGUGUAUGGAGAGACAUCCUUUGAACUCAUUUCGCAAAUGAUUGACACAAUUACGGUCGCUAGCGACGAUAUAUUUAUCGAUCUUGGGAGUGGUGUUGGUCAGGUUGUCCUCCAAGUAUGUGCCUCUACUGAUGCGAAAUUCUGUUAUGGGAUUGAAAAGGCUGAAUAUCCUGCCAAUUGCGCCUCUCGGCUUGACUCAGCUUUCCGCCACUGGAUGGGUUUUUACGGGAAAUCUUAUCGACCCUAUACGUUAGAACGUGGAGAUUUUUUAUCAACGGAGUACCAAGAGAAGAUAACAAACGCUAGCGUCCUUUUCGCAAACAACUUUGCAUUCGGUCCAGAGGUGGAUCACCAGCUAAAACAAAGGUUUGCCAAUCUUAAAGAAGGUGCUCGAAUAAUCUCUUCAAAGGCUUUCUGUCCUUUAAAUUUUCGGAUUACUGAUAGGAAUCUAGGAGAUAUUGGAUCAAUCAUGCGUGUGAGUUGUUUAAAUCCAAUUCAAGAUGCAGUUUCUUGGACUGAUAAACCAUUCAGCUACUAUGUUCAUACAAUUGAUCGUUCACUGUUAGAACAGUACUUUGCCCGUUUGAAAAAUCCGAAAUCUAAAGAUGAAAAUCAUACUGUUCGUCGUGAUCGUAAAGGUCGUGUAAUCUCUGAGACUACUAUGCGAGAAGGUUCAGUUCAACUAACAGUAAAUACAAAUGGUAAUAUCAGUCAUAAAUCUAGACAAUCAUCAACCAUUACAAAACAUCGUUCAAAUAAUACCUUCCGAUGUUUACCAAAAAGAUCACCAUCUUUACCUGAACUAAUAACAGCUAGUUCUCCUUCAAAACUCAUUUCUAUUGAAGGAAGAAAGUUAAGUUUACAGCAUUGUUUAACAAAACGUAAAACUAUCAAACAACAAGGAUCUACAACUGGACAUAGAAUAAAACCAUGUCAUUCACAAUAUCAUCAAUCACAACUUAAACAUUCAUCAUCAUUAUCUCAGGAUAUUUUCACAUUAUCAUGUAAUGAUGACACAAAUACUACUAAUACUACUACUACAAAUCCAGUUGAAUCUCAUAUUGAUGAUACUCAACCAGUGGAAUCAACUCAACAUGAAUCAGUAGUAUGUGAUGAUAAUCAAGAUAAAAAUCAAUUUUCUACAGUUAUUCCACAAUUAUUAUUAUUAAAUAAUCCUUGUGAAACACAAUCAUUGUCAAAAUCCAAUACUGUUAAACAAACUAUACGACGUAUUCAUAAAUAUAAAACAAUGACAACGAAUAAUAAUGAUAAAUUAAUUUAUAAUUAUCAAAUGAUUGAUGAUUGUUUCAGUUCAUCAUCAUCAUCAACAUCAUCCUCAUUACAUGAUCAACAGGAUAGUCGAAAUUCUUCAUCAUCACCAUAUAUAUCUUCAUUAUCUUCGGCGAAUCGAUCACCGAAUUCUCAAACAGAUGAAAUUACUUCUUCGUUGAGUGGUGGUGCUGGUGGUGUUGGUGUUGGUGGUGGGAAUUUGACAAAUCAUCAUCAUACUGGAUUAACAUUGAAAUCAAUUCAAUCAUCUAAUCUUUCUAUUAUUCCAGAAGAUAAAUUAGAUAAAGACAAUAAAAAUGAUGAUUCAAUGCAUAUACGUAUUAAAUUCAAAAUGUCAACCAAUACAAGUGAUAAUCAAAAUCAUCCUCCAGUUAGUGUUGUUGAAAUUAAACCAUCACUUAUGAUGAUGAAUGAUGGUGAUGAUGAUCAUGAUGAUACUAUUUCAUCCAAUAAUCCCUGUGAUAUUCAUGCGAUAAAUGAGAAACAUUUAAAUAAUGUAGCUAAUCGACGUAUUGUACGUAAAUGUCGUCAAUUAUUAUCUUCUGGCCAGACGCCAUCAUCAUCAUCAUUAAAUGUUACCAAUGUUGUUAAACAUUCAAUCAAUACUAAUCGACCAAUUGUUUUAAGAAAACGUAUACAAAAACAUUUAAUAAAAAAUUCUACAAAGCAUCAUACUACUACUACAACUAAUAAUAAUAAAUUAAAAAAACAUACACGUAAAUAUUCACGUGAUGAUUUACAUCGAAAUAUGAAUAUUUUACAUGAUUACACUGUCACUCAAUCGAACUCAAUGUUAUCAUCAAAUCAAUUUGGUUUGAAUGAUAAAAGAUUUUCAUCACCUUAUUAUUAUACAUGUCAUUAUCAACCUAUUGAUGUAUUAUAUACAGAAAGUUGUAGUAGUAGUAAUAAUAAUAAUAAUAGAAUUCAAUUAAAUUAUGAUUCUAAUUUAUCGGAUCCACAUAUAGGAUAUAAUAAAGUACCGGUACCGUUUGCAUUAACACAAUAUUUAGAGCAGGAAUCUUAUUGGACACCAAUAAAAGAAGUCAAAACGAUUUUAGCGGUUGACGAUACUUAA